AAGAGGAGAAGAGCAACGCGUCUUUUCUCCACACAAACACAACCUUCUCUCUCUCGCUUGCGCGCUCUCUCUCUCUCUCUCACACACACUGACACACACACACUAACUCUCGAGAUUUUCACAUUUUUUCAGCUAAAAUUACCAUUAAUGCCCCUCCACAAAAUCUGCGAGAACCAACACUGGACUCUGUCAUGUGGUUGUGGUGGUGCUGCUAGUAAUCUGUGACGGAUUCACAGAUCUCAAUCCAAUCCCCAAUGGCGUGAAACUGGAGCACGUGUGCGCCACCUCCCCAUCCUCGUUUUCUGUUUAUACCUUUUUUAACCGAUUCCUUCCAAAAGCGAAUACGACAAGGGACAACGUGGGAAGAUGUCGGAGCUCGGUGGCGGCAACUGUUUUCCGCGUCUGUUGCUCGGUGUCAAUGUCGGUCUUGCCCUUGUUGAAGGAAUCGUUGCUUUCGUUGCGUUGUUUCAGUUGCUUAGGAUUCACUUGCGUAAUCAAGAGCUUGGCUGGACUCGACAAAAAGUGUUUCAUGUAUUGAUUGGCUCCUCUAAUCUGGGUUACUUUGUUUACUUGGUGUUGGCACUUUUUGCUGCUUGCAAUGGAUGGAGAUGCUGGUCAGACUCUUGUGGUUUUAUCUUUAUGGCUUUCCCCAAAAUACUUUUUUUUGCAGCAUUUCUUCUUCUUUUAUCCUUCUGGGUCGACCUUUGCCAUCAGCCUGAUGAUGAUGAUGACUAUGAAGGAAGUUUUAUUGAAGAAGCUUUGUUAGAAAAAACUUCACAUGCAAAUUUAGCAAACAUAGAUAGCCAUAGAAAGUGUUUUCCUGUUCGUCUUUCUCGUAUUGGAUAUCGGCAAAAGCUUGUUAUUUUGGUUACCUUGCUACUUUUCAUCAUCAUGAUGGCAUUUGCUGUAAUAAUCUGGAUUGGCCUAGGAGAAAAUCCCAUUGAUUCUGAAGUGGCUUCUCGAAUCAUGCAGGUAUACUUGGAUCUUUCUGCUAUUGCAAUGGUUUUGUUGGGAGCAGCUUUAGCAUGUUAUGGAAUCCUAUUGUACUUGAAGAUGAGAAAAGUUAGAGCUGAGCAACCUUCAUCUGAAAUGUGGAAGGUUGCAGGUUUAACUAUUGUAUCUGUAUUGUGCUUCGUAUCAAGUUCCUGUGUAGAGCUUUUAACUGAUAUUCCUUUACUGUAUCACUGGCACCAGUGGCCUUUGAAUGAUAUUUACGCCUCUCUUCUACUUGUUUUGUAUUAUUUCGUUGGUUCAUCACUACCAUCAGCAGUGGUACUGUGGGUAAUGAGAGAAUUGCCACCUGCAGAAGCUUCUAAUGUACAGGAAGAAUCAAGAACAUUAGCUUUUGUUGCUGAUAGUUCAGUUGCUACUCAUAAUCCUCAGCGCUGGACUACAACAACUAGCAUGCAGAAUCAGGCAUCUAGAGCGAGCCCUAUAUGAAUAUAUGAUCGAUGUCAUAACAUUUUCAAAUACAUAUCUUGUUCGGAUGGACUUUUGGGCACACUCUUGAAAUUUCUCAAGAAUGUCAAACCCUGAAGAUGCAAAUGAGAUAAAACAAAGCAGGCAGGUGCAAGUGCUCUAGGGCAUCGAGAUCUACGUUCCCACUGUAUUUACAUUCUAAAUAUAAAUGUAAAUAUCAGCAAUUUGAUAUAUGAAAAUUCCCUUCCUUCCUAUUAUACAAAUUUUGGAAUGCUAAUGAAUGUGUCAUUGUUUUUGGGUUCUUUUUGGAAAUACUCUUGUCCGAUGUUAAUAACACUCUUGCAAAGUGAACAUGUUCAUCCACCCCGGUUUCUCUGUUCUUAGAAGAUCUUUAAAAUAGCCAAGGUGAUUUCUUCACCCGACUAACUCCGGUAACUGGCUAGGACAAGUUAUGUGGCUUGCGUUCACACGUGUUCUUGUUUGUCAUAACGUUAACAAGUGUUUUCUUAAAGUGUUUCUUAGCAAAAUUCUAGAAUAAUAUGCAGCUCGAGUCACAAACCACAUAUUUACAUCAAGCCUAGUGAAUUUUGAUUGGUUUGUUCUCAAUAAUGGUUUGGAAUCUCAAUGGAUUCUUUUCUGAUGACUGGACAAAAGAUCAAAGUAAAGGAUGAUAAAAUACUUGCAUUGGUAUAGAAUUUUAGAACCCCAAAGGUCAAGCAACUAGAUGGAGUGUGAAUCACUGUGGGACCUAAAACUGCAUGAAAAUUACAAGGCGAGCAGCACUGAGAGAAAAGUAUUCGUUGGUGCGCCACUAACACCAUAAAAUUGGGGGGUCUUGGGGACAGUAACCCACAAUCAAUAAAUGCAUGACAGUGCCCUGUGACUCUGUUUCUUGAGAGUUAAGACCCAUCAGGCCAUCACCAAGAAUAAU